AUGUUACGAGGAAAAUUUAGGUUUAACAUAAGGAUGAAAUAUCCAAGUAUAUCACUCAGUUGGAAGCAUGAAGAAACGCUACAACUUUUCGAACUUAUGGAGACGGAAGAUGAUUGGCUUGUGCGCAUCAAGAAACUUGUGGAAAACUUUGGUGAUGAAAGACCGGCUGGUUUUUUUACAGAAAAAAUGUGUAAAGAUGAAUUUGAACGAGUUAUGUCAAGUGGUCAUCCAGAGCAUUUCCUACGAAAACCAGGUGAAAAGUAUUCCCGAAAAGAACUCAUUCAUGCUUGGACGGUUUAUUUAAAGAAAGAGUUAAAAAUCAAGAAAGCACAAGAGGAAGAGCUACUUUUGGUGAAAUUACGUCAGAAAGCAGAUCUUUUUAAUCGUUUAUUCUCAUCUGAUAGUGAUUUAACAGAUAAAGAAGUAGAAAAAUUAUUGGAGGAAGCUCGCGAAGAAGAUAGUACGCGUGAUCAAGAAGUCGUUCAAAAGGAAAUUGAAAUUGGUACAAAAAAUUUAAAAGAAUAUCUAAUCCUUCACGAAACAAAUCCAAUUAAAUAUCCACAGUUGAAGAUCAUCAUACCACCGUCUCAUCCAUCCCAAUCGUCCGCCAAUGAGGCACCAUUUUCUCCAAUUAAGCCUCUUUUCGAAGGCCUUUCCUUCCAACCACAGAUAACUUCACAGACAAAAGCAUCGUCUGUUGUUAAUACCACUUCUGGAUCUCCCUUAUCCAGGAAGAUCAGCAGUCCACAGCAUCCAAGUGCUUCGGAAAUGUUGGCUAGCGAAUCUUCAGAUGGUGCCGAAAUAUUAUCAUCUACUCAAGGAAGAUUACGAACACAAUCAGUUAGCUCACGUCCACAAUCACUGACUGGAAAUAAUGCAUCAUCCUGUCAAACCGAAACAACAGAAAACUCCGAAAGCUUUACAUCGCAGUCAGUAUCAAGUGAGUUGAUCCUUAAGUCACCCUCGAGAAGUAAUACUGACGAAAUUCAGACUGCUACAUCAGGGACACCAGAUGAGGCUAAAUUACCUUGUGUUACCAUCGAAAAUGAAAUGGAGGAAGGAAUGAGCUCAACGGUGGAAGAGAUAGUUGAGAAGAAAGAAACGGUGAAAACAAGACGAACUCAAAAAAUUGUUACGCGGUCAUCGGGUAGCUCAAAUAACAUGGAUAGUGAAAUAGCAUUACCAGUGCAGCAUGAACAUUCCUUAAGAAAUCGUCGUUUUUCUGCUGCUUCCCCCAUUUCCAUGAAAAGUCCAAAAACAUCAGAUUUUAUCAGCAAAGAGGAGAAAAAUGUUGUGGAGGAAGAAGAUGAAGGAAAAUUACGACGAUCAGAAAGAUGUCAGGCAAAGGUUGAGAUUGAAGCUAGUGCAUGUGUAGUACCUGCACAAACAGGAAGACGAAAGCGAACGACGAAGUUGGAAAUUGUUAGUAAUAAUGAGGAAGAAGUGAAGGCAUCACCUGCUAAACGACGGCGAUUGUCCAGCAAAGAUGUUGAAAAUGCUGAGAAAAAGGAUGGUAAAUAUCGAAUCGAAAGCAACAUUGAGUUGCAAUCAAGUCCAGAACCUGAAAAAGAAGUGAAACAUGCUGUGGAGGGUGAAUCAGAUGAUGAUAAAAAACUUGUCGAUUUACGCACAAGAAGUCGAACAUCAAAAGUGGUUGUUUCUACUGGUGAGAAAUUGAAAUCAGGAACAUCUUCAGAAACUUCUUCAGUUAGAUCGCCAAAAAGAAGUACAGUUGUAACACGUUCAAGUCGUCGACAAACAAGAAGAGGUGGUUCAACUGAUGGUGAUGUAGAACAGAAAGCUCUUAUGGUUACUGCAUGGCGAAUGGUUUCCAGUCAUCGACAUGCUGCUAUUUUUGCCCAUCCUGUAUCUGAUCGAGAUGCUCGAGGUUACUCAAAAAUCGUUAAAAGUCGUAUGGAUUUGAGCACGUUAAAGAAACAGCUAGAUGGUGGUAAUCUGUCAGGAAUGAGUGAUUUUAAGCGGAAUGUACUACUAAUGUUUGCAAAUGCAGUAAUGUUCAAUAGUACAGGUCAUGAUGUAAAUCAUUAUGCAAAAGAAAUGGCUGUUGAUACGUUGAGCUCACUGAAGAUGCUGCAAAAAGAUGUAUUAUUUGUUCGAGGUACAACACAUAUGACUCGAAGGAGUGCUGCAUUUGCAGCAGAAGAGGCUAAAUUUGAACGUUCAAGAUUUUCAAGCCCACGUGUCACUCCUAUAAAUUCGGAAGAGCCUGGUAAAGAGAAAGCAUCUGACAAUGCUUCACGAGAAGCUAGCGAAACUCCAAAAACAUCACGCAGCGGAAGAACUUAUCUGAAUUUCAUAUCAAUUCAAAGAGAAAAAGGAAAUUAUUCAUCGAUUCGUUUUGAAAUGCAACUAAGCGGUUGUAUGCUUCAAAUUCUUCAGAUUCUUCAAUUAUUUGCAAUUAUCAAAAUGUCAAUUAGUGAGACAGUGCGAAUUCAUGGAUUAAUAGCAUGUGGUGGUAUACCUGUGCUAGGUGCACGAUUAAAACUUUAUGAUGCAACUGGACUUAAAGAUGAUGGUACUUUGGCAAAUCAUUGGGAUGAAUUUUUGUUUCAAAUGAAAAAUAUUGAUGCAUCAAAGUUAUACAUUACAAUUGAUCAUCAUUGUGAUGGUGGUAUUUUACAUAAACAAUGUAUGCGAAAAGAUAAAUUAAUUUUUCAACAAAUUACAACGAAGCCAUUAAUCUAUCAUAUUGGAAUGAUCGAAUUAAAAAAUAUUACUUUGUUACAUCCAAAAGUAUUUUAUCAUAUUGAAAGUCACAAUGGUUGUAAAUGUUACAAACAAAAUUUAUUUCAAAGUAAUUCCAUUUCAUGUAUUAAUUUUAUUAAAAUGAAUCAAAAAUAA